AAGUAGUCCGUAGGGAAACUACACUUUGUGCUAACGGAGCUAACGUCAAUGGGGUCCCAAAAGUUUGAUAUGCCCAUGUAACCGCGAUUACUAACAUUAAAACAGUUGAAAAUGGAAUCUGGUGAUACACGUAUAACCAACACUGAGCCGCCUAAUAGGAGGGUAACAAGACAGUCAACAAAAGCAGUUGUGCUGAAACCGAGAGAGCCUUUGAAGAGAACGCGAAGAGAUGCUCAACAUUCCGGUGGUAGUGCGGUCAAUGGACCUGAGAGCCGGAAGAGGCUUCCAAGCACCGAUGAUGAGGAGCCACCCAAGAAAAGGCUUAGCAUGCUGUCGACAGAGGAUGAAGGUGCAGGUGACAGCGACGACGAGAUGCAGCUGCAAGCGGACGGAGACGACCCAGAGUCUGAUGAAAAUAAAGACAUGAGUUCGGCGGAGGAGGAGGAUAAGCUGCAGCCUGUUAUAAGGGAAGCAUCAGUCAGGCUGAGCCCACUGAAGAGUUUCCCCCUAAGCACAGGGAAGGUGUUUCAGCUGGAGCCAGUGGAGGCCGGAGCGCUCCUGAGGAGUCGCAGGUCCAUUCACCCUACAACAACAAACUCAGGAAUGGGCAUAAAGGCCCUUAAACACAGCACAGAGCCUUCAAAAAGAGGUUCUGGUGCUUCUCUGCACAUCCCCACCAGACCAGUACCCCAGCAAGGCAGCAGAACUGAGAGCCAAACUGUGCGAAGCAGCAUCAAGCAGUACCACAGCAAGAUGCAGGAGGGGCUACCAGAUUUGCCUAGAACCAGUCGACGGGGCUUGGAUCAAAACCAGACUUCAAACAACAUCUCACCUAAAAAAGAGUUUUCCAAAAAAGCAGAAUUUACAAGAGUGUUGCCUAAAGUCAAGACCAAGCCUCCCUCUAAAGGUGGUGUGAGUCGCGUUUACACUUUCAUCCUGUGGCUUUUCCUUCUCUGCGUCACCCUCUCCAUCGCCGUGCUGGGCUAUCAGAGAUUCCCGUGGUCAUCCCUCCACAGGCGUGAGGAAUUACAGCCCACGCAGGAGGCCUCCCUGGACGCCUUCUCUGGCCACCUGAGGGCGCUGGAGCAGCACUUCCACAGCCAGCGGGAAGAGUUCUGGAGGCGCAGCCGCAUACACCUCCAGCGCCACCUGCAGACAGCCCAACCCUCUGAGCCCGUCAGCCUGAUCCUGACAGGGGGCAGCGAGGCAGAGAGGACGCUGGGAUGCCUGGCUGCACGCCUGGCCUCUGCCUUUUCCUCUGCAGUCAACGGCUCUGUGUUGCAGGUGGAUGGAGCUAGCCUAGCUCACAAGGAUAGUAAUCAGGUGAAGCUAGAUCUCGACAACCAGUUGAGAGAAGCCUUUGAGGGUGACAAGCCAGCAGCCGUCAUCCACCGCCUAGAAGAGCUGCCGCCGAGCUCCACGCUCAUCUUCUACCGCUACUGUGACCACGAGAACGCUACCUUCAAGCAUCCUCUCCUGGCCUUCACCGUCCUCCUUCCCCAGGAUGCAGUGGGCCCUGAGAUCAGCAUCAACCAAGUGGAAGAGUUGGUGCACAGCUACAUCCAAUUAAAGUCCCUGAUCCCCGAUCAGCCCGACACCUCUGACAAAAUGGAUGUGAACAAGCUGAGUGGGCUGUGGAGCCGCAUCUCACACCUUGUCCUGCAUGUUAAUAUUGAGGAGGACAUUGAGAAAGGGGGCUGUGACAAGAACUAAGAGAAACAGAGGAAUAAAAUCAGUGAAGAAUCGCAUUUGAAAUGUGUUCAGGAAGCACCACUUGAUGCACUAUAGUCACCCAGCAGAAGAUCUGCUCUACAGCUGUCCGUGUGUGUUUUUAUGAUGAUUGAUUAAGAUGAAUUACAUCAGUGUUGAGGGUUGAUAUCUGUGAUUGACAAUAGGAUACUGUACUGAGCUGUACUGAGUUCAGGUUUAUUUCUGAUGGUUUCUGUUCAUCACCAAUCUAAGUUCAUGAGAUAUGAAGCCACACAGAGAGAGUUCUUGAUUUGUUUGACAGAUACAGUGCUGAACUGUAAGGAUUUGAUUGAAGAGCAUGGACCCCCACAUGCAGUGAACUCUCUCCAUUUGCGCCCUGUCUGCUCUCAAAGGUGGGUGACCUCUCAAAGGCAUUGAAAGAAAAUAUUUAUAUAAAGACUGAGAUAAAGGACAUCUUAUUUUAAAAUCAGACCCAAAGGUUUCUAUUUUAUAAAUUGUUUAUGAAACAUGUUAGAAAAAAUAAAUAAGUUCUGUGUGUGUUGUGUA